AUCCACUAUUCAGCUCCUGCUUGAGUUUGUUGGAGCAUUAACACAGGCAGCAUUGAAGGAUGUUUGUUACUGUGCUGUUUGGAGAUGACAGGAUGGAGAUAUUAAAUCUUAACUGUAAACUGGUCCACUUCAUUCAUCAUCUGAAGGAAAGAUGUGGUCUGGAUUCAAGCGACUGUGUGGAGCUGAUGGACAGCACCGGGAGGGUGAUGAACCUGGAACCCAUGCAGCACAGCAUGGCCCAAGCCAGCAGCGUCCUGGCAGAGAGGCAAUGCUACAUCCUUCUGCGUGUCUGCCAAGAGAAUGAGGAAUCUGGAGGUUGUAAACAUGUCUCUCUCCUGAAUAACGCCAAGAGUCACCCUGAGUUAACAGGUAAUAAAGACUGUCAUAAGUGCGAGUGGCUCAUUGGCGCCCUUUUCUGGUCAAAUCAUGGUAUGACAUUUAAUUUUUGCAGGACUGAUGAAGAGACUUUCAAAUCCAAGCAAGGUGUCAGAAAGAAAGAACAAAAGAGGACGAACACAAAGAAGUAGAAAAACAUGUAAUACUGACAACAAUAAGUAUCCUUAAAAGUUUAUUUGCUUGAUUAGGUUAUAUGAACCUAUUAUUCAUUAGCUGGAACAGGUGAUUUGCUAAUCAAUGGCUGAACUCCCCCUUAUAACCUAAACUAAAAUAUUAUACAUAGAGAUUUAAUAAUGAGUAGUUUGUUAGUAAUGUAGGAUACAAUUUUAGGAGGUCAUGCCCUCAUAAACUAAUUAAAACUUAAAACAAAAAACAAACUUACCAUCACACAAAGUUUACUGACUCAUCUCUAUGUUCUCUCCUGACUGUCUUGCUUACUUUUUUCUCUCAUUACUGUAAGAGACUUACAGUUAUGUAGGUUAAUCUAAAGAUACAUCCUAUUGGGUUAUGUGACUGAUUGACACCAAGUUGUGCAGAACUUUUUGGUGGAAGGAGGAUGGCUUAGUCUUGCUUUUUGCAGACAAAAAUCUGAAAAGCAUGUGGCGUAUUUACAAAUGAACCAAGACCUUGCAUUUCCAUCUCUUGUUGCUGUUGUGCCAUAUGCCAUUGGGAACCAGUUUUCAUGUUUCAUCUCGACAUGAUGACCCGAUAAGAAGCCGCAGCUUUGGUGAAUAAACAGCUGUGGAAUCUCUGAACCCCCACCCCCAAACCCCACCCCUCCCU